AUGAAAGUUCUCGUUGCAAUUGCAGCCUUAGUAACAGCUGCUUCGGCGGACUGUACCCGUGAAUCCCUCCUCGCCUCCGCUCAAACCUACAUUGAUGCUCAGAAGGCGGGCAGUACCACCGGGCUCAAAUUGUCAUCCAGCUUCAAGUACCAACAGAAUAACAAAGAACGCGCCAUAUCAGCAGGUCUUCUCGCUACGCCCUACAAGCUUGAUCUGGUGCGUUCGACAGCUGACACUGUCGCAUGUGCCUCGUACACAAUGUGGAUCUCUGCCUCUGGCAGCAAGCCUUACGUUGUCGGCACACAAAUCCGUCACGACGGGAACGACACAUCUACCAUUAGCCUCAUUGAUACGGUUGCGGCUACGACGGGCGAUUUGUUCUUCAACGCGAGCAAGACUCUGGGAUAUAUUCAGAAGGAAGAUUGGACGCCCAUCAAUAAAACGGAGUCGAUGCCCUCGCGGGAGCUGCUCAAGAAAGUAGGCGACGCGUACCUGGACAUGUGGACGGAUUCCAAGGCUGCAGAUAGCAUCCCAUGGGGCACUGAGUGCGAGAGGGUGGAGGGCAGUCAAUAUACGAGUCCAUGCGGACAGAGCUUGCCUCACGGGGGGAGCUCGAAGCCGAAUGGAAUGAGGCGAUAUGUUAUUGAUGAGGUAACGGGUAGCGUCGAUGUUCUGUGCCAGUUUGAUAGCUUGGGAACGAUGCCGGAUUCGCAUGAGAUUCGGGUUAUUGAUGGGAAGGUCAAGUAUGUGCAUACCAUAACCGCGCUGAAAGUCGGUUGA